CCGCUGGCCACGCCCACCGUGACCUGAAUACCUCACGAGCCUUUCAUUUCUACUCUGAUUGGCUACUGUACCACCUGGGUGUGCGAGCUGAUUGGUUGCGCGGUUUGCUAGGCAUUCUGGUGCCCUGUCACAUCCUGGCUGCAGGCCGCCAUGUCUGUUGUCAGUCGACGUGAUAAAAUCCGGAAAGAUGAGGGAAGACGGGACAAGUACUCGGUGCUGCUGCCCACCUAUAACGAGAGGGAGAAUCUGCCGCUGAUCGUGUGGCUGCUGGUGAAAUACUUUGGAGAGAGUGGGUAUAAUUAUGAGAUCAUCAUAAUCGAUGACGGAAGCCCAGAUGGGACAUUGGAAGUGGCAAAGCAACUGAGGAAAAUCUAUGGCUCGGAUAAGAUUCUGCUCAGGCCACGAGAAAAGAAGCUGGGGUUAGGAACGGCGUACAUUCAUGGCAUGCAGCACGCCUCAGGAAACUUCAUCAUCAUCAUGGAUGCUGACCUCUCACAUCAUCCUAAAUUCAUUACAGAGUUCAUCAAUAAACAGAAAGAAGGCAACUUUGACAUCGUGUCUGGGACUCGAUACAUUGGAAAUGGAGGAGUUUAUGGCUGGGACUUGAAGAGGAAGCUCAUCAGCCGUGGGGCAAAUUUCCUAACUCAGGUCUUGUUGCGCCCAGGAGCCUCUGAUUUGACUGGAAGUUUUAGGCUUUAUAAGAAAGAAGUUCUGCAGAAGCUGGUGGACCACUGUGUCUCUAAAGGUUACGUAUUCCAGAUGGAAAUGAUCGUUCGAGCUCGGCAGUUUAAGUACACGAUCGGAGAGGUGCCAAUUUCAUUUGUGGAUCGUGUCUAUGGAGAAUCCAAGCUUGGGGGAAAUGAAAUUGUCUCCUUCAUAAAGGGGUUGUUAACGUUAUUUGCCACCACAUGAGUCCAGCCAGAAGACCGUCUACCACCAUCCGCAUCAUCCAUCUUUUUGCUUUCAUCAUUUUCAUAGAGGAAAAGAGACUAACAGAGGAAUAAAUGUAAUAUUUUGUAUAUAUAUAUAUAAUAUAUAUAUAUAUAUAUAAAAUGAAACUUGUUUCUAGCUUUUUUUUUUUUUUUUUAUCCUUUAUUAUGGUCUGCUGAUUUUGAUAAGAAAAUGUUGAACCGCUCUCACUCUCUGCCCACAUACUGGGAUUUUCUGAAUUUACAUAAGCAAGGCCAAAUAAUUUGUUGAAUUAAGCGUUCUGUAACUUUCUAAUAGACUCUGGGGCAGAUUUACUAUUGAAAAUGCAUACAUGCUUUGCACCACAUUUUUAAAAGGGUUUUAUCAUCUCAGACAUUGCUGGCAUAUCGCCACCAAUGUCAAAUAGCUGCGGGUCCCAACUCUGAGACCUGCACCUGUCUCCAGACCAGGUCACUAAAAGUGAAGGAGAGCGCACUGUGCAUGCGCAGCAUUCUCUCCAAUCAUUUCUAUGGGAGUUCCGAAAAUAUUUUUGGAAGUCCCAUAGAAAUGAAUGGAGAGUGCACCAUGCUAGCACGAUCACUACUCCAUUCGCCUCCGUGGGACUGCUGGAAAUAGCCAGCUCUCAGCUAUUUUUGGAACUCCCAUGGAAAUGAAUAGAGGGCACCUGCCUUCAGUUUAUUUGGGGAUCCCGUUCUGGAGAUAGGAGUGGCACCUAUCUGCCAUUGGUGGCAUAUCCCUGCCACCAGUUUCUGAUGUGAGACAACCCUUUUAAUCUUUUUAUGCCUCAUCUGACAUGGAGUCCCCUAUAUUU